AUUUUAUCUUUAUUCUUAGAUAUUCUACAGUAAAAGAAAAUGUAGUGAACGUAGGACUGUCCUGUCUGUACACUAAUUGUUGUUAUUAUGGGAUGAAAUGCAGAGGGGUGGAGUGUAGUGCUACUGUGGGGCCACAGUAUGACCAGAUUUCAUGUUUUCUUUAUUUUUAUUUUUUUAUUUUUCACAGUUUUAAAUGGACAGAGACAUUUUUUUUAUAUGAAGGUGCUUGAUUAUUAUUUUUUCUACAAUCCAUCCUUUGUGACUGUUGUUUCAAUAAUUUAUGAUAUCUAUACAUUGUUUUUAUAUGAAAUGUUAUAAAAAAUGUUAUAAAAAAUUAUAAAUCUCAUUUGUCUGAGAAUAUUAUUACAAAAGUUUUCAUCUCAAAAAAUGUACAGUAUGUCUUAAAGCUUUCACAAAAAGAAUGAGAUUUUGUUUCUAUAUCCUCACAGCAAUAUAUAAUAUCGAAAGAAUACUAAAUUACACAGGAUGACAGAUCUCACGAAAAAACACUUAGAAGUUGCACCCUCUAGCAAACUAGAAAGGAGCAGAUCAGUGAAUAACAUAAUCUUAGGUUUAAAACAGGAAUCUGAGAAAGGUUUUCGAAAGCGUCGUGCAGCAUCAAUGAAGCACAGGAAUAGAGUUGCUGACAGUUUUGGUGUUGUUGACAUUUGUUUAACAUUGACAAGUUUAAAUGUUAUUGCUCCUGAUCUCAGGCGGUGCGGUAGUUUUAGAGAUCGUCUUAGUUCUCGAGAAAUUCAAGAGGAGCAAACGUUAGAUCAGAAGCAUCCAAAUAAACUAAGUGAAGACGAAGAACUCAAUCAUACCUGCCUGCGACGUAGAGCAAGCAGUCUUGAUUUUCUACCAGAAGCAAUACAUAAAUCAACCCAGAAUGGAACAGCAAAAACUAGUCCAUUCGCUCGCACAACCUCCAUGUCACAGAGGUCCCCAUUUCGUAGAAAAUCACCAUUUACUGAUUCAGACACUUCGAUAACAGGUAUCAAAGAACUUCGUUUGAAAGCUACAAAAAGGAAAUCGGGAUUAGACGCUUUAUUUGAUGCCAUUGAAAGACAAGAGGUGGACGAAGUGCGCAAAAUGAUCAAUAUUAUGGAGAUUAACAUCAACGAGGUGAAUCCUGAUCAGUUCACUCCGUUGGAUGUUGCUUUGAUGUGUGGUGAAACAGAAAUCGCUACCAUUUUGUUAAAUCAUGGUGGAAAGGAAAACCCAGUUUUUUUGGAUCCUUCAGAACGUGCACAACAUCUGGAGACCCUUAUUGAGAAUGCAGACAAGAACGUAAACGAUUACACCGCAACUAUUGUCAAUUGCAUUGGGGACGCCAAAGAUAACGAAAGACAACUCCGAGAAUGGGAAUGGAGAUUGUACAUGUUGCGAGUCAUGCAAAAUGGAUUCUUUUCUACAGAGAAACCGUUACAAUCACCCUCCGUGGCUUUGGCGCCGCUCUCCAAUGAAGCCAUCGUUGUUUCACUCUCCUCCACAGCGACUGAAGGUGAUGACAUGAUUACGAAACACAAAGUUGAAUGGAGUCGAAUGGAAGAUUUUUCAGAAAUUGUCGGACAAGAAUUAAUAACGGAUAAAAGAGUGGUGACAUGUACGAUCAAAGGCUUGGAAGCGAAUAUCAAUUGGUAUGUCCGCGUCCAGUCGGGAAAUAUAAAAGGCUUUUCACCAUACGGCUACCCCGAGCCUCGUGCUGUGAAACCAUCUUCAUGGCACGAGUGUGAUAACAGCGUACCGAGAUAUUAUGGCGCGAGUGACAAGCUGUGUUCACUUGUUGAUAGAUUGCACUCCUUUCAAAAACAUAGUUUGGAUAAACAUUCAGAUGACACUUCUGAUGAUGAUUCACCAACGAGUCCACAAGCUUUGUCUCGUUCACCCAAACCACCAUAUGGUAAAAAGAAGGUAAUGAUGAAGCGGGUCAGCAAGUAUACAAACUUGAUAUUCAAUUCAGCUCCGAAGUUACUGAAAAAAAUUAAAGGUCGCGGUAUAUAUUUAGCCGCUCUUCUAUACAAUGACGAUUUAAGUCGUGUUCUCGUGACGAUGGAUGAAAAUUUACCCGUUGUCGAGUGCGAUGAAAACUACUCGAAAUCGUUCAAUCAAGAAUUUUAUUGGUUCUCCAAGGCUUCGUGUACAUGGGAGGACAUUCAGCACAUGCUCUUCUUCUCCAACAAAUCGCAUUCUUCACAGUCUGUUCAAAUCAGAAGAAAAUUACUCCAAUCCGCUUUAGUUUUAAUGAAUGCCACUGGUGUAAACGACCUGGGCCCAAUACACUACAAACCAUUCAAGGACGCCCACGGCAGUAUUCUCCUUCUCACAGUAAACUGUAUAAAGAAAUCGCUAAGUGGGACUCGGGCUUUAACGAUGAAGUGGAUACCCAUCCAAAAGUUACUGAAGAAAACGAAUUCCAUAAAUGAGCAAGUUAUCGUCCCUGAAAGACUCAUACCGUCUGUUCAGGACCAAGUGACUUGUCAUCGAAGGUCAAGGAUGCACCUACCAAAGGGACUUUACCUUGGCUAUUUAAAACUGCGAACUACCAUGGACACACUUUCUGUAAUUGUUCCAAACAGUCAUACGAAUGUUUUACCAUACGUUAAAAUCCAAGACGUUCCGAACGUAACCAAGGAAGAAUGGAAGUGGCUAAAAAAUAAAAAUAGAAGCGCAGAGUCCGAGGACGACUGCGAAGGAGAAAUUUCACCGAACUUGCGCACGUUCGAGAAACGUCUCAAAAACGCGGUUAAUAAGUUGUUCUCGCAUUUGAACAUUCCGACAGAGUCCUUUAUGUCACAUCGAAUAUACGACCAAGAGGUAAUCGAGUUAAAUUCCGAAGUUCUGUUUAUCCUGAUAUGUCCGUCCGCAGACUCUAUAUGUACCCCACCGAAUCAAACAGACCAUUUUUCUAAUCUGACGGCUUACUCGGCGUUGCCCGUGCAAGCCUUUGAAAUGGCCAACAUGAUGACGUAUCAACCUAAGGUCAUGUCGUCCUAUAGCAGGUUGUCGAGUAUUCUAGAACUUGAAAAUUUCUGCACGCAACAAGCUUUACGAGAAACUAUUUGCCAUAACGAGGGAAAGAACUUGAAGGAAAGGGAAGCGAAAUUGUUAGAAAUCCAGCAAUCCGUGGACGAAUUGUGGCGUUCAAGUCGUUGGGUUUUAGACACGCUACAAUCGUGCCAAGAUAAGAACUCAAAUAUCGCUAUACCUCUGUCAGCGUUUUAUAAAUCCAGUGAAUGGUCGCAAGAUGAUCAUAAUUUGUCCGUUUCUAGUAUUUCCACUCUAUCUGAUGACUCGUCAGAACAUGACGAAUGUCGUUCUUGUGAUGUGAAUGAUAUUAAAACCGAUCUGGUCCUUACUAUAUAUGCUACGAGUGAGGUAGGCCUGUCAGAGACAUGUAGUACAGAGGUUAAUAUUACGGAAACGACGACAACGCAAGACAUUAUACAGAUUGCAGCAAAACAGUUUUUAAAAGAUGACGUCAAACUGGAAAACGACGGUGACGGUGGAGACGGAUUGGAAAUACUUUCAAGCGAUAAUCUAGACCAAUUAGUUUUGGUGGUUGUCUCAGGAUCGCGCGAACGUUGUUUAAGAAACGAUUUAAAUUUGAUGAAUCUUCAGAAUCCGUGGGAGAAGGGAACAUUGCAUUUGCGCUUAAAAAAAGAUGCUCUUCGGGCUACGAAAUGGGGCCUGUCGACCGCAGUUUAAAAAAAUUGUAAAUUAAAAUAUUCUAUUAAAAAUUUUAAUUGUAUAUCUCUCCGUACAGAGACUAUAUUUUAAUAUAACGCUUAGCUAUAAGUACCACAUAAAAAUGGCAAAAGAGGUUUUCUAAAACAUUUUUUUCGGCGUUUUUGUCCUGAUUUGCCAGGAAUAAGUUGAUAACUUUUAAACCAAUCUCUCUUUUGUUAACGUUCUGUUAUUUAUUAAAAAAGAAUGAUGCAUAAACACAAACUCAAACAAACC